AUGACAACUACCAGAUAUGAGAUUGAGAAAUUCGAAGCCAAGACAGAUUUUGAAUUGUGGAAAGCAAAGAUUAAAGUAGUUUUGCGGAAGCAAAAGGCACUUUUGGCCAUUACAGACCCUGCGAAGUACCCUAAAAUACUUUUUAAGGCAGAAAAAGAGACUAUCGAAUCAAAUGCAUAUGGAACCAUCGUUCUCAAUGUCAUAGACAGUGUUUUGAGGCAAAUUGUGGAUCGACCUACUGCCUAUGCCCUGUGGAAUAAGUUGAAUGAUAUUUAUCUCAACAAAGAUCUACCCAACAAAGCUUUCUUGAGGGAAAGAUUCUUCACGUAUAAGAUGGAUCCAGCAAAGUCCCUCACAGACAAUCUUAAUGAGUUCAAGAGUCUGUCUUCUGAUUUCAGAUCGAUUGGAGAUAAUAUUGGAGAAGAGAAUGAAGCAUUCAUAUUAUUGAAUUCUCUACCAGAAACUUUCAAAGAUGUAAAGACUGCAUUGAAGUAUGGUAGAGAAAGAAUCACCACAUAUGCUAUUAUAUCAGCUGUAAGCGUCAAAGAGCUUGAAUUGCAAAUGACUAAGAAGGAUCAACCAAGAGGUGAAGGUUUUUUCCCUAAAGGGAAUAACAAGACAAUGGGAAGGGCAAAUAGAACAAUGGAGAUGUGUAUAAGAGACAGCAUGAAAAAGGACUGUUAUGCCUUGAAGAGAAAAUUGAACCAACAGAAUAAGGGGGGUAAACAGACCGAGGCUGCUGUAGGUGAGAAUUCCCUAGUCUAUUCAGAUGCUUUAGCUGCUACUGAAUAA